UACUUACCAGUUUGGGUGGAUGUCUUGCAGUCAUUAUAAAAAGCAAAGAUCCUCUGAACACCUCCAGUGCCACAGACCGAAUUGUGUGAAACAUGCCGACCUGCUUCAGACUCAGCGCAGCAUUGUUGCUGACAGCAACAUGUUUCAUCCUGACAGCAGUUGUUUAUUCUCAAGAGCGAGUGACCACCUGUGAUUCGGACCCUUUGAACGUCCAUCACCUGACCUGUGACGAGGGAGUGAUCAGCAUGGACGAGGCUUUGUACGGUCGCUCCGACUCAAUGGUCUGCUCUGAGGGAAGACCUCCGCAGGAGCUGGCUAACACGCAAUGUAGUCAGGAAGACACCUUGAGUAGGAUCUCGGCAAGAUGCAAUGGCAAAAAAUCAUGUGAGAUGAACAUGGCGAUGUUCCACAAUUCUGAUCCCUGUGCUGGCACCUUCAAAUAUUUGGCGACCAAUUUCACCUGCAAUGAUAUACUGAUUCUGAUAGCGUGUGAGGGCUCUUUGGCACAAUUAUAUUGUGAUCCAGGAUACGUUAUCGUCGUCUCCGGUGCUGACUACGGACGCCGCGACCAGUCCACAUGCACAUUCGGAAGGCCUCAGGCCCAGAUAGAAAAUACAGAAUGCCUGCGCCCAAAUGAAAUUGUGGCCAAAAUGUGCAAUGGGAAAAACAACUGUACGAUCCCAGCCACCAGCGAUGUGUUUGGAAACCCCUGUAGAGGGACUUACAAGUACUUGGAGGUUGCCUACACAUGUGAAUGGUCGUAAACAAACAAGGACUGCCACUUUAUCUUGAUGUAUUUACAAUAAAGAAUCAUAAAUGUAAGUGCAGGUUAGUGGCAGUUAAGCAACAUCACUGUGUACUCCUAUUGGGAAACAAAAAUCUUUAAAUGAUGUCCUAAUAAAGACAUUUGGAUGCAUGGA